AUGUCGAAACGAAUUAUCCUAUAUAUUGACGCUCUUGACGAAUGCGAUUCAAUGUAUGUACGGGAACAAGCCUACUUCUGGCGUGAGACUACCGUCAAGGCCCGAAAACGGGGAACUCAAUUGAGUGUCUGUCUGUCUAGCAGGCACUUCCCAAAUAUUUCUUUGGUGGGCUGCCCAGAGAUCAUCAUGGAGGGAAACAACCAUCAGGAUAUUCACCAGUAUAUUGAGGACAGGUUUGGGCUUGUGGACAGAGGAGACACAGAGGACGAUUCUUUUUUCAUAAGAAGAUCAUCUGUUGUUAGAAAGUGGAAGGAGAAGAGACUCAAGGAUGCCAUAUUCCAAAAGUCGAGAGGGGUGUUUUUAUGGGUUGUUUUGGUUGUCGAAGAAGUCCUCCGCAAACGAGACGACGGAAUGGAUUUCGAUUACUUGCUUGGCAAAAUAGAUAUGGUCCCCAGGCCUCUUGAGAGCCUGUUCAAAGAGCUGCUACGAUAUGUCAGCAGGGAGGAAAGACGCAUUGCAUUGUGUAUUUUCCAAUGGGCAAUCCUGUCGGCUUCCCCUCUUCGGCUGUAUGAGUGGCAUCAUAUCUUAGCCUUCAUCCGAUUCCAACACCUGUCUUCGCUAUCAGAAUGGAGACGCAAUAUUCAUUGUAUCAAGAUUGAUGAUCAACUGGAGAAACAGAUAAGAAGUCUUUCAAAGGGGCUAGUUGAAGUGCGAAGGAUAGCAGCAGACGAACCCCAAGGGGCAGCGUUUGAUUCGUUGUCUCUACACGCUGGGGCAGGCUCACUCAACCUCGACUCAGGCGGAACUCGAGUUGUUCAAGUCAUCCAUGAAUCAGUACGUGGAUUUUUCCUACGCAGAAAUGGGUUUGCUUUACUAGACCCAGACCAUGCUUAUGGCCCUAUCGGCUACGCACACAUGGAAAUCAUGAACACAUGCAUCAACUAUAUCCAUAUCCACGAACUCGACAAAAUUGUGGACGCACGGAAUCGCCCCCGGUCAAACGACCAAGUUCUGCUAAGCAGGCUGUUUUGCAGCCUGGGGAAAGCAGAUCAUCAGUUGGAGAGAGAUGAUUUGAACGAACCAUGGACCCGAGACUAUCCAAUCAACAGUUCGAGCCUUACUGGUCUGCUUAAGCCGCAGAAUUUUGACAAAGUCGAAGUCAACAAAAAGGCGUUGACUAGGAAAGAAUUGGAAAUGAUGCAGAGCCAGUUUUCCCCAAUCGACAUCCCUCUUUGGAUGUCGACGAACAAAUCCGAACUGGACGAUCUCUCAACUAGCGGAGCCCCAGCUCUAUCCAUCGCAAAUUCAUCAAUAUCUGGACGAUCCCAAACUCUAGAAGAUCAUCCAGCUCUGCUCUCAUAUGCUACGCAAGAAUUUUUCACCCAUGCUAAAUUGGCUGAUUUGUCGUAUACAGACCCCCACGACCUUCUGCAUAGACUCUUGAAUCUAGGAGCGUGGUCACGUUUGAAAGCCCUGAGGGAGGACAUUCCCUUUGGAGCCCAGAUUUUGGAAUAUGCCAGCCGGCUUGGCCUUGUUUCGUGGGUAGCAGAUAUCCUUCUAGCCCAAGUCGAAUCAAUAUCUACGGACACGGAAGAAGUUAUUGCCAAACUCCACUCUGAAGACAACUACAGGCGGCUUGCUUUGAGUUGUCCUCCUUCCUUCGAUAUCAGAUCGCGUCUUUCCGAAUUCAUUAUAGAGGACUUCAAGAAAAACUUCCCUCGUCCUAGUAAGUGGAUUCUUAGGGAGCAUGAACUGCGAGAUGAUAAAUUUGUCGAAAACCCCGAAGAGCGGUCUGCCACUAAGGAUAGAAAUUUCGAAUCUCCCCCCCGCGGGGAAUGCUUUGGCUCAAUAGCAAUACCGAGGAAACAAAGAAGUAUUGAGAGCUUUGGUUCAGCUAGCAGCCAUUCUGGAUCUAUACACGGCAACUCUGUUGAAUGGGAUGACGCGUUUUUUUGA